UGUACUACGGUGUAGCUUAACGUACAAGGCAAGGCAAGGCAAGGCAAGGGGGAUCGAGGGUGUAGAUCAUGUAAUUGUUCAUAAAUGGAAUGGCCGCGUUUCCUGCGUUCUCUCUCUCUCUCUCUCUCGCUCCGAGUUUGGAGUCCACGCACGCACACCGGACACACGCGUCUCUCUGCAGCACAGGGAGGGAGCUCUGAUGGAGAGCUAGCCGGCGCCGCUGUGUGUUGCAGUGUAAUCAUGUGCUGUGCUGUGUUAAUCGGUGUGUCGCGUAUCGAGGGGCGGUCCGGUCCGGUCCGGUCCGUCUCGUCUCGAUCCUCAUUCAUUCAUUUCAUUGUCAGUAGUGCGGACCUCGAGUCGAGACUAGUCGGCUCUAGGAACAAUAUGCCUUUGAUUAUGGCUUUUUACUGAGGGUAAUGGAGGAGACCCCCUGGCUGGGGGCGCUGAACGAAUACCUGAGCCGCCGCAGUUACCUGGCUGGGUUCAGCCUGACGCAGGCAGACGUCGAGGUCUUCUCGCGGCUACGCGGUCCGCCUCCCUGCCAAUACCCCCACGCGCUUCGCUGGUACAGACACGUAGCGACCCUACGGCAGGAGCUCCAGGCCACCGUCGAAACCGCUACUGAAGGCAGCACAAAGGGAAAGAGGGUCCAACCCCCUUGGUCUCCCCCACCACGUACAGAGGUACCCAAGCUGUACCUCUACAACAGCCUCACGCGAACCAAGGAGGAGUUCAUCCCACAGAACGGGAGGAAGGUGUUGUGGUACUGCUGCGGUCCUACAGUGUAUGACGCUUCCCAUAUGGGCCAUGCCAGAUCCUACAUAUCAUUUGACAUCCUUCGAAGAAUUCUGAAGAACUAUUUCAAAUACGAUGUCCUGUACUGUAUGAACAUUACAGAUAUUGAUGACAAAAUCAUCAAGCGAGCCAGACAGAACUACCUGCUGGAACAGUACAAAGAGAAGAAACCGUCACCUACCCAGAUUCUGCAGGAUGUGCUGACAGCCAGGAAGCCCUUCCUUGCCAAGCUGGCUGAAACAACAGACCCUGACAAGAAGCAGAUGCUGGAGAGGCUGCAUGUGGCCGUGAGCACCGCCCUGGAGCCCUUGCAGGGGGCAGUGCAAGGCGACGCUGAGGGAGCAGUCCUAGAAGGCCACGCGCAGCUGUUGGUGGAGGAAUCGAAAGACCUGCUGUCCGAUUGGUUGGACUCCCAGUUCGGCAGCCAGGUGACCGAGAACUCCAUCUUUUCCACGCUGCCGAAGUACUGGGAAGGAGAGUACCACAAGGACAUGGCUGCCUUAAAUGUUCUCCCCCCUGAUGUGCUCACACGGGUCAGCGAGUACGUCCCUGAGAUUGUCGACUUCGUGAAGAAAAUUGUGGAGAACGGCUACGGUUACGUGUCAAACGGUUCCGUGUACUUCGACACAGCCAAGUUUGACGCCGGCGACAAGCACUCGUACGCUAAGCUGGUGCCCGAGGCAGUAGGAGACCAGAAGGCCCUGCAUGAAGGAGAAGGAGACUUGAGCAUCUCCGCAGACAGGCUGAGUGAGAAGAGGUCUCCCAUUGACUUUGCCUUGUGGAAGGCUUCAAAGCCUGGGGAGCCAUCCUGGGACUCCCCAUGGGGGAAGGGGCGGCCGGGGUGGCAUAUUGAGUGUUCUGCUAUGGCCGGUUCCAUUUUGGGAGAAUCCAUGGACAUCCAUGGAGGCGGAUUUGACCUACGGUUCCCACACCAUGACAAUGAGUUGGCGCAGUCUGAAGCCCACUUUGAAAAUGACCACUGGGUUCGCUACUUCCUGCAUACGGGUCACCUGACCAUCGCUGGCUGCAAGAUGUCCAAGUCUCUGAAGAACUUCAUCACCAUCAAAGAUGCCCUCGCCAAGCACACAGCUAGGCAGCUGCGCCUGGCCUUCCUCAUGCAUUCGUGGAAGGACACCCUGGACUACUCCAGCAACACCAUGGAGUCGGCCAUCCAGUAUGAGAAGUUCCUAAACGAGUUCUUCCUCAAUGUCAAAGACAUCCUCAGAGCUCCAACUGACAUCACAGGCCAGUUUGAAAGGUGGGAAGAGGCAGAAAUGGAACUGAACCGCAGUUUCUACAAUCAGAAGGCCGCGGUUCACGCAGCGCUGCGUGACAACAUCGACACAAGGACGGCUCUGGAGGAGCUAAGGGUGCUGGUCAGCCAGAGCAAUGCCUAUAUCGCUGGCAGGAAGAACGCCAAACUGGCACCGAACCGCAUGCUCCUGCAGAGCAUUGCACUCUAUCUCACGGAUCUGCUGAAGACUUUCGGAGCAAUUGAGGGGGCCGAACCCAUUGGAUUUCCAGUAGGAACAAAUGGGCAAAAUGUGGAUCUGGAGAGCACUGUGAUGCCCUACCUAAAAGUGUUGUCAGACUUCAGGGAAGGAGUCCGUAAGAUUGCCAGGGAACAGAAAGUGACUGAAGUGCUGUCCCUCUGCGACAUGGUGCGUGAUGAGACGCUUCCCGAGCUGGGGGUCCGUCUAGAGGACCAUGAAGGCCUCCCCACUGUAGUCAAACUGGUGGACAGAGAGACCCUGCUGAAGGAGAAGGAAGAGAAGAAGAAGCUGGAAGAAGAGAAGAAAAGGAAGAAAGAAGAAUCAGCACGAAAGAAACAGGAGCAGGAAAUGGCUAAACUGGCCAAGAUGAAAAUUCCUCCCAGUGAGAUGUUCCGAUCUGAAACGGACAAGUACUCCACCUUUGAUGAAACGGGUUUCCCUACCCACGAUGCAGACGGAAAAGAGAUUAGCAAGGGACAGACCAAGAAGCUCCGCAAACUCUAUGAAGCCCAGGAGAAGCUGUACAAGGAGUAUCUGGACUCAAUGCAGAAUGGAAGCUGAGCAUUCUUAAAAAUAUGAGGUUCUUCAGACCAGCCCUGCCCAGCCGAGAUCUCUCUCCGGAGUCUGGCGUCUUCUGCCAAGUCGUCCAUGCCAAAACUGAGGGGACUUUAUAACUUGGGGAACUUGAAAUUAAUAUGCCAUCUACUGCCGGAGGGACUGAUUUGUAAAAAAGAAUCCUUUUUCGCUGAUUAAUGUUUCAUAAUGGAGUGCUGUGAGUAUAUUAAUGACUGUCAGUGUGCCCAAUCCUUUCUUCCUGGAUAUAAAUAAGUUCAAGUUUCACAAACAUGCUUCCUGUAGUCAAUAGGUAAAGUCCGUUUCAGUACACGUGGGCACAUGACAUCAGGGAGGAUUUUAUUUUGCUGGGAUGGUGUAAUGAUAAUGUGAAAAUAAACUGAUUCUGACCUUUUCCUGUGUAGACCAAAUAAUUCCAUGAUUCAGUAAUAAAAUA